AUAUAUAAUUCGUGAUUUCAGAACGGAUUUUUAUUUUUUAAGUAGUACAACUCACAAAUAAAUCAGCCCAUUAUUUUCGAUUGCACAAUAGUUCGGAUAAACUUUCUGCAAUGAGAAACAAAAAUUUGAUUCAAUAUUGAAUUAAUUUUUUGACACGAGACAAAUUCGUACAAGACAGUCUUAAUUGCACUAAUGUGGUAACAUUGCGCAUGGACAGACGUAUUCGACGGUGGCGGUCAUUUAACAGUCAUAUGUUUUCCUCGUACUGCCAAAUCCGUCAAGUUUGGUCAAGUUCGCUGGCACCGAUAACACUUGAUCAAAAUCGACUUUGUUAAGCGACGUGCUUGUGUGUCCGACAAUUUCAAUCGCGGCUUCAUUCCCUCUUGAUUACGUAUCGUCGUCAUCCUUGCGCACCACGUAACCUAUUUUGUCGCGCUGAGCAACCCAUGCGAUCGUCGUUUACACAACCUCGCGUCCGUCCACAGCUUUAUCUUCUCUACAGAUAAGUCCUGACGCUUCCACGUGGAACCCGUAAUGCACGAGUAUUGUACGACUUGACGCUGAAACCGCGACGAGGUCAGCUCACUUUAUUGAAUGCCUUGUAUACAUGAUCCGCUGUGAGAGUAGCAUUACCUUUUCCGGGAAAAAUUCACUCUUUUUAUUGGAAACUUCGUAUCUGCUUCGCUACUUAUUAGAAACAUCACGUCAAGGUGGGCUCAAACCGUUGAGAUCUGAUUAUAGCAGUAAGCUGCUGAACGGAGAAGCAGAGAGGUUAGAGCGACCAUAGAAGCAGAAGCAGAAUUUGUUUAAAAGUUGCGCUAAGCUAUAUGGGAAGAAUGAACAGAAAAACCAACAGUGCGUCAGCUAGACUGAAACAGGAUUAUUUGCGCCUCAAAAAAGAUCCAGUACCAUAUGUACUGGCAGAACCAGUACCUUCCAAUAUAUUAGAAUGGCACUAUGUGGUGAAAGGACCAGAGAAAACUCCGUAUGAGGGUGGUUUCUAUCAUGGCAAGUUGAUAUUCCCAGUGGAGUUUCCAUUCCAACCACCUAGCAUUUACAUGACCACACCAAACGGCCGAUUCAAAGUCAACACCAGAUUGUGCCUGUCCAUCUCUGACUUCCAUCCUGAUACAUGGAAUCCAGCAUGGAGUGUGUCUACGAUUCUCACUGGAUUACUUAGUUUCAUGAUCGAGAAAAGUCCCACGCUUGGCAGCAUUAGCUCAACAGACGAUGAAAAGAGACAGCUAGCUGCGCAGAGCUUAGAGUAUAACUUAAAGGAUAAGAUGUUCUGUGAGCUCUUCCCAGAAACAGUCGAAGCGAUUGAAGUCGAGCUAGAACGACGGAAAGAGUUGGAGAAACAAGCGAGGCAUCAGUCUACCGCGUCCGAGGUUUCUUCGCUGAUACGAGACCAAUUGCAGAGGGAGCAGAGCCCAUUACAUAGUGCUCUGGCUAAUCUUGUUGUUAUCAUCGGCUUCGCGGCGUUCGCCUACACAGUGAAAUACGUACUGAGGAGCAUCGCUACGGAGUGAAUUGAAACCGAGUCGUACACUAAGUCACGGCGAUCGUAAAACGGAAACAAGUUGUGAUGAUUGUAUGCAUAAAUCUUAGAACGAUAAUACGUAAAAGAAGGAAAUGGGAGAAGGGGAAUUCGGGAACUCUCAUAUUCGAACACUUGCCUGUUGAUAUGUUAUUUUACAAUGAUUGUUUGAUAUACGUGCAAUAGUAACAUCCUUUUAAAUUAUCUUAAUAUCGACGAUGCAUAUAAACAACUGUAAUACUAAGCUUAUAUAUAUAUAUAUAUAUAUAUAUAUAUAUAUAUAUAUAUAUAUAUAUAUAUAUAAAGAAGAAUAUCAUACUAAUUGAAUACAGCAUCGUUUGCGCAUCGCCGAAAUUGAGAUAAUUUAAGAGAAAUUAGUUCGGUGCGCGUAUUAAAUGAUUAGAUGCGUGAACCAGGCCAAUAUCUGCCCGUCAAAGCUGUGACACCGUUUAGGUCUGCACAGUCUCGAACGUUCGCCAGUAUAGACUCGUGGAUAUUUGAUAGAUUUUUAUAUUGAUGUCGAUUGUAAGAUACAACCUGUACUAUAAACGCGAGUUUUACUCGAUAGCCAUUAUAGAAGGAAAGUAUGAGUCAUAAUCUCCUUCUGGUUUUGUUGCUUUAAUUGCGAAUCGUCAAAUUACAUCGGUUUCUUGUUGACGUUAAUUGACAGAUUCAAUUAGAUUCUCGCCAAUUUCCAGGGGCAAGAAAUUUAGCUAUAAUGUUUCCUAAAUUUCUUCAAGUGAAAUCUCAAAAUGAAUAAAAAUUCAGCCGCUUGAAAUUGUAAGAAUGAAUGUUUUACUUCAGCUCAGGAUGGAUUCUGAUUUCAUAUAAAUAAAGGUCGAUUUUUUCAUAUAAAUAAAAGUCGAUAGUGAUUUAAAUUUAAAUUUAAGCUCUCUGUUAACAAUAUGUUUGAUAUGUUUGAACAAAGUUCAAAUUGCUAUUAAAAGACUGGUUUUAAGUCGAUUAGAAUUAAUUUGUUUCUGACGGUUGAACAAAUCAGACUACUCUUAAGUUUCAAGUAAAAAUAUUCACUUCUUUCGAGUGGACAAUUCACUUUAUAUAAGUGGAAAAUCAUUCGAAUUCGAGUGAUUCAGCUGUUAUUGUAUCUUUUCGAGAGAAAUUUCACUUCAAGAAAUUCAGGGAUUUCAAAGAAUAUUGUAAGAUAAAACGACGUAGUCGUGGCUUCCUAUCUCUUUCACAUCCAAAUUUGCACUUCCAAAGUAACUUGUAACUAGGAUUUACGCUACAUCAUUCUUCCUUCAAUCGGAUUUUGUACAAAUCCGAAUUCGAUCAAGUUAGCUAUAUAUCCAUUACUUAACUUCGAUAACCGGUGGUUAAUUAACGCUAUAUUUUAACACGUUAAUUAACAAGGACAUUAAUUUAUUUCAGUCCUUGAUUUUUUGAUCCUGGUUUUUUAAAAUAUCAAGAAACUUAUCUGGUUUUAUUUACAUGGGAAAAUCUUUCUCGGGUAGAAGUGCACAAGUUCGUCACACUGUACGACGUGCCAAUAAGAUUGCAAAUCCAAACUGAUAAUGAAGGAUAACUAAAUCACAUCAUGUUUCGCAAUUUGACUUAUUCUGCUCGUUGAAAGUGAGUCCAUUUUGUAAAUAUACUAUAAGGACGCAGUCAUAUUAUACAUCGUAUUAUAUAUUUACUUCUUUCUAUCUCAAUCUUGUGAUCGAUAUCCCCUUAUUUGCUUCGAUCAAAGUGACUCGUAAGAUUGUUCCCUCGUGCACAGAAAAUUAAAAAUUUCUUUCUCUUGGAGACGUUCAUCGUUUCCUUGAUCGGAUCAAAGAAUAUGUUUCAAUAUCAAUCGCUUCGCUCUUCCAUGACUAGCCGUUUUUGCAAUGUCGAAAGAAAAGGAGUAUCGUGUUAUUUCUUAUUACAAGCGAAAAACAGUUAUUCAGUAAGAAAAGUAAAAAUACUAAUGCCUGAUAAUAACAUUAUAACUAAUAACACUGAUAUCUAGCUGUGGACAUUCUUAAUAUAUUUUAUUUUCAAAUACAAAUAUUUAAAUUUUCAAUAUAGAAUAUAUGUGUAUAUAUAUAUAUAUAUAUAUAUAUAUAUAUAUAUAUAUAUAUAUAUAUAUAUAUAUUCUAUAUUGUGUGUUUAAAACCAAAACAAUAAGAAUGUUCAGAAUUACAUAUCAUGGUUAUUAAUAUCCAGGCAUUGAUGCGACGUAAUUUUUUUUUUUCAUGGACGAUUUAUUUUCACUAAGUACAGAUUUCUGUAUCGUCUAUUCGUCGGAAAGUGUGAUAGAAAAAUUACAUGUAUGCUUUGUAUAUACGUAUAUAUACGUAUAUGUUCUUAUUAUGGCAUAUCGAAACAUGCAAUGAUAAAAAUAUAUAUAAUAUAAAUUCUUAUCAUUGCGUAUUAAAACAUACAUUACUAUACCGUAAGUCGUCAAAAUCUUGUAAAUACGACAGUUUAGUACUAUUAUCACUACUAUUAUUCUGUAAGCGUGUGGAGAAAAAUAUAGUACGUUUCAAAAGCGAAAAA